AUGGCUCGCCCCAAACUUCGUGCCCCGCGGCACCCGGCGGCCCCAGGGGGCGAUGCGGGCGUCCCCGUAGCGCGCACUCCGGGCGGGGAGGGCGAGCCCCACGGCCCGCACCGCGACGCCCGCCUGGGCAGCGCCGAUAAGGAGCCGCAGGCAGGAGCGGCCGCCGCGGACAGCGCCCCGACAGCGCCGCCGGAGCCGCGGGCCGAGGUUAUGGAUGAAGCCGGUGGUCCCCGCCAUCUGCUGCCGAAGCCCUGCAGCGUGCUGGUGCUGCUGAACCCGUAUGGCGGCAAGGGCAAGGGCCUGCAGCUCUUCCGGAGCCUCGUGCAGCCCCAGCUGGCCCAGGCGGACAUCUCCUUCCGGCUCAUGCUCACUGAGCGGCGGAAACACGCGCAGGAGCUGAUGCGGACGGAGGAGCUGGGACCCUGGGACGCGCUGGUGGUCAUGUCUGGAGACGGGCUCAUGCACGAGGUGGUGAACGGGCUCAUGGAGCGGCCCGACUGGGUGACCGCCAUCCGGAAGCCCCUGUGUAGCCUCCCGUCCGGUUCCGGCAACGCACUGGCAGCUUCUCUGAACCACUAUGCGGGCUACGAGCAGGUGGCCAACGAAGCGCUCCUGAACAACUGCACGCUGAUGCUGUGUCGCCGGCGGCUGGCGCCCGCCAGCCUGCUGUCACUGCAGAUGGGGUCGGGGCAGCGGAUCUUCUCGGUGCUCAGCCUGGCCUGGGGCUUCAUCGCGGACGUGGACAUCGAAAGCGAGAAGUUCCGGCGCCUGGGGAAGAUGCGCUUCACGAUGGGCACCCUCCUGCGCCUGGCAGCCCUGCGCGUCUACCACGGCCAGCUGGCCUACCUGCCCGCGGAGCGGGUGGCCUCCACCGUGCCGUCCUCCCCGGAGCUGGCCCGGGGGGCCCAGCAGGGCUUUGUGGACACCCACCUCGUGCCCCUGGAGCAGCCGGUGCCCGCUCACUGGACGGUGGUGCCCGAGCAGGACUUCGUGCUGGUGCUGGUGAUGAUGCACUCGCACCUGGGCAGCGAGAUGUUCGUCGCCCCCAUGGACCUCCCGGCGGCCGGCGCCAUGCACCUGUUCUACGUGCGGGCCGGCGCGUCGCGGGCCAUGAUGCUGCGCCUCUUCCUGGCCAUGGAGAAGGGCAGGCACAUGGAGUUCGACUGCCCCUACCUGGUGUACGUGCCCGUGGUGGCCUUCCGCCUGCAGCCCAAGGGCGGGAAGGGGAUGUUCACUGUGGACGGCGAGCUGAUGGUCAGCGAGGCUGUGCAGGGCCAGGUGCACCCCAACUACUUAUGGAUGGUCAGCGAGUCUUCCUCCCCGCCGGAGCCGCAGCCGCGGCCACCCCGCCAGCAGCCACCGCAGACGCCUCCUCCAUAA